UCUUUUUCUUUUUCUUUUUUUUCCUGAAAUUUGAUUCAUCCAAUCUAUUUUCAGUUGUGAAAAAACAUCAUGUUAGCCAUUUGUUUUGAGGAAAACUCUCGAGUCUCCGAUGCGGACCGCAGACUCAUGCUCCUUCGACAAGUUUUCUCAUUUUUAGUCAGUUUUUUCGCAUAAAUUUGAGACAAAUCAUAAACAACACAUAUAAGGCAGGAUGAUUUGAUACGAAUCACCUGAAUCUUAUCCAUUUAUUAAUCUACCCGAAAUGACGGCAUGAAACCCAAACUCAAUUAACUUUUACAGAUCAUGUCGAGCAUUGUCACUUCUGUCGAAGCACCUUCUCCGCUGUCAUUACAAUAAGUGAAUGGCGUAAGUUCUAGACUUCUAGUGUUCCCUUUUUUACUGUUAAAAAUGUCCUUCUCUAUCGACAUAUUUUUAGUAAGAAAUUGCAUCAAUAUGAUCAAACAGAUCUAAUUAACAAGGUUUGGAGAUGCUGUAUGUGGCAGCAAAAACAGGUUAUGGCAAAUGGCGAGUCCAAUAUAGAGUUAUGAAUAAUAGAGUCGAAGAAUGUGUUAUCAUGGAAGGGUGAGCUGUCCUUUCAACGAGCGUUACGAGCUCAUGUGCUGUUAUGUUGACAAGGAAUACUCUUUCUGCAGACUAGCCAAAAUGGUGAAAUGGGUGCCUUACGAGCGGUUUUGGGUUAUGCAUGUCAAGAGCUCAUGCCAAAGACACAGUCGUCUUCAUGGUAAAAUAGCCCUGCUCUCUAUAGAGAGGUUCGAGACAAGCAGUGAGGACAGAGUCACAAAAGUGGUGGGCACAGAGAUCUGUGUCUUGAUGCGCAUGGAUGGUGGUGAGUUGGGUUUGUUGGAGAUUAAAAAAACAAAGAAAAGUUGCAUUGUAAACGUUUGUUCUCGUACAGGAAUGACAUCAUCUGUGCUGCUUCAGAAGAGUUUAAGGUAGGCCCCACGUCAGCAACGCCACGUGAACAAGAAGCUUUAGGUGUAAAACUCCAAUAAUUGACUUGCCGAAUCAAACCAUUGGUUAAUUGCUUCCUACCCCACUGUGAGAUUUUAUAAAGUAAUGUGAAA